AUGAAUGAAAUAUCUCUCGAUCGAAAAAUCAAGUUCCCUCCUAUAGCAAAAACUGCGGAAAAACUGAAAUCCAAUCUAGACAGAUCUAUUCUCAAUAAAACUACAAUUGAGUCUCCAACUGCUUCAAAAGCCAUUAAUCAUCUACGCUUUCGUUCUAAACUAAGCCAAGGACUUAUUACUCCAGAUAAAAACUCAUCAAUUAUUAGAGAUAACAAGUCAAACCUAAAGCAUUUAGAAGAAACUAACCAUUUAAGGACAGAAAUUGCUUUAAGCGAAGAUCGCAUUAAAAGUGUCAGAGCAGGAAAACCGCUAAAUUUUGUUUUUCCGUCAUCUCCUCUAAGGUUCGUAGAACCAGCUAAAGAAAACUACCAUAGAGACCAUUUAGGCACCCCACAAAUUGACCCUUUAAAUAGCGAACUUAUAUACAUUGGAAGAAAACGCCAUGUAAGCUUAAUGAAUUCUUCUCCUCAUAUGCCAUAUUUAAUGCUUCCAUCUCUUAAAGAAGUAAUUCUAAACGCUGGAGUCAAGAAAAAAGAAUUCCAAGAGAACGAAGAGGACUUAUCUAAAAAAUUUGAUAAGCUUGACAAGCUUUAUCACCACAAAACUACUGAUAAGCACGAAAGGCGAGAUUUUUCUGUUCCAAAAUCAAUAGUCUCUCCAAGAUUGAUAGGCUCCAUUUUAAAUGAAGACCCUACUGACAAUUAUUCAUUAGAAUUUGACCCUAUACAUCAACUAUUCCAAAGAUGCAAAGAAUUUAAAAAAGGCAAAGAAAAAAUGGACAGAAAACUAAAUGAUUUAUUAGCCACACUAAAAUUCGACAGAUCUGAAGCAGUGUGAUUGAAGCAUAAGCAUUUCAAAACAUCAGAAAAAAGGAGCGUGUUUCAAGGCAGGCUGCUUGAUUUGUGGAAUAUGAGGAUUGAUGCUGAAAAAGAAAGACUCGAAAAGUAUAGAGGAAUGAUAAGCCAGGUCUGCUGAUAUAGAGAUUUGUUGUGGUUUGCAGUUACAAAAUGUCCUGAUAUUAGUCCAACCACUUAUUAUAUUUUAGACCAUAUUAAAAAUAUGACAGAAGAAGGUGUUAAAAUAAAGAAAAAUGAUAUAGAAAAAGCGAUUAGCAAAAUACCUGAAAGUGAGAGGAUUCCUGGAAUAAACAUUUUGAUCGAAAAAAUUUUAAGUGAUUUAUAA